AUGCUACCCGAUAGUGAGAUCCUUACAGCCAACGCGCGCUUCCAAGCACUGAUGGACCGAGUAGCCACACUUGAACAAAUAGUUCAGACGGUCGCUCCCUUGCAAGCCAAAGUCACCGAACUCGAGGAGACUGUUCAGAAGUACCGUGAUAUGCUGGACUUCAUUCUUUCGAACGAAGAUUUCUUCACAAGCCUGACCGUCAACCUCAACCCUCGAUUACUCAGCCUCGAAUCCAACGUCCAGAAGAUGACCUCCCCUUCGAGGCCAAAAGUAGCACCCCCCGCAGUCUUCUCCGGCAAGCGUGAAGAUUGGAAAGGGUUUCAGGCUCAGCUGGAACUCUUCUUCGUUGCAAACGAGACCCUCUAUCCUAACGACCACGACCGCAUUGUGCUGGCUAUCUCGCGCCUCGGUGAUACUGCAGCGUUCAAGUACAUGCAGAGAUACGUUCCGUCCUUCAAGUUGCCUGUCGAGGAGAGACCCGCAUGUAUUUCUAACCUGGAUCAGUUCUUUGCUCUUAUGAGUAAGAACUUUGGAGUCUCCAAUGCUCACGUCCUAGCAGAAACCCAACUCCGUCAACUUAGACAGCGCGGUUCUGCCAUCGACUAUACAAACCGUUUCGUCAACCUUGCAGCGGAUACAGCAUGGAAUGAUAGUGCAAUGAUUUCACAGUUCCGCCUCGCCUGA